ACCAAAAACCUUGAAACGAACCAAAUCGUAUAAUGGAAGAGAAGCGCCGGGAAGCCGGGAGUCUGCCGGCGGCUACGAGCUCAGCCGGUGUCGGGGUCGAGUCACCGGCGUCAGAACCAGCUUCGUCGCGGCGCCGAGCGGGAGGGCAGAAAAGGAAAGCCACGGCGCUCUCAGCAGGCAACACUUCAUCAACGCCGUCGAAACGAAUCACUCGCGACAAGAACUCAAAUUCUCAUACCCCGAUCUACAACCACAACGGACCAUUGACGAGAGCUCGCCAGGGCCCUAGCAGUCUCAGUGCAUCGGCCGGAGGAACGGCUUUGGCUGGCGGAAAGCUCGAAGGGGCACGUGAUGACUUGAAGCUGGAGGUGGUUGAGGAACUGAACAAAGAGAGUCAACAGUGGGAGGCUUUGGAGGCGAAAAUCGAGGCGGAUUUUGAGGCGAUUAGAUCUCGUGAUAGUAAUGUUCAUGUGGUGCCUACACAUUGUGGUUGGUUUUCAUGGACAAGAAUUCAUCCUCUCGAGGAGCAAGGAUUGCCUUCUUUUUUCAAUGGGAAGUCCCAGAACCGAACUCCUGAUAUGUAUAUGGAGAUUCGGAAUUGGAUUAUGAAGAAGUUCCAUGCAAAUCCAAACAUUCAAAUUGAAUUGAAAGAUUUGUCAGAACUGGAAGUUGGAUGUGUGGAUGAUAAGCAGGAGGUGCUGGAGUUCUUGGACUACUGGGGCUUAGUCAAUUUCCAUCCAUUCCCACCCGAAUCCACUGCCACAAAUGCUGAUGGUGAUAGGGUGGCAAAUGCUGAUGUUGACAUGGCGGCUAAUAUUGACGAUGGUGGAGCAGCAAAAAAGGAUUCCUUGCUUGAAAAUUUAUAUCACUUUGAUGAAAUUCAAUUAUGUCCUCGUGUUGCUCCAAAGCCUAAGGUAAUAUCUCCCGCUGCCCCAUCUGGGUUGUUUCUAGAGUCUGCAAUUGCUGAAGAGUUGGUGAAGCCUGAGGGGCCAGGUGUUGAGUACCAUUGCAACUCUUGUUCGGCUGAUUGCUCUCGUAAGCGCUAUCAUUGCCAAAAGCAGGUUGUUUUUUUCCCCCCUUAUGGCUUAUGAGCUCUGAAAUUUAUUACUUUGCUAUUUAUGCCUG